AAGCGGAGAGUGAAACUUACUGACAUUCUGUCGUCGAGAGGAGAAAUGGCGCAGCAACUGAUUCAGCUGGAUCGAGAAAAACUAUGCUGUUCAAUCUGUCUGGAUCUUCUAAAGGAUCCGGUGACUAUUCCCUGUGGUCACAGCUACUGCAUGGGCUGUAUUAAAGACUGCUGGGGUGAGGAGCAUGAGGAGAAAACACACAGCUGUCCUCAGUGCAGGCAGAGCUUCACAACAAGGCCUGUCCUGGUGAAAAGUACCAUGUUGGCAGAGUUGGUGGAGGAACCAAAGAAAGUAGGACCUCAAGCUGCUUCACCUGGAGACGUGGCCUGUGAUUUCUGCUCUGGGAUGAAAGUGAAAGCCUUCAAGUCCUGUCUGGUGUGCAUGGCCUCUUACUGCGAGCAACACCUCCAGCCUCACUACAGCGUAGCUCCUUUAAAGAAACACAAGCUGGUUGAAGCCACGUUGAAGCUUCAGGAGAACAUCUGCUCUCGCCACGACGAGGUGAUGAAGAUUUUCUGCCGCACUGAUCAGAAGUGCAUCUGUUAUCUCUGCUCCAUGGAUGACCAUAAAGGCCAUGAUACAGUCUCCGCUGCAGCAGAGAGGGCUGAGAGGCAGAAGGAGCUCGGGGUGAGUCGGCAAAAAGUCCAACAGAGAGUCCAGGACAGAGAGAAAGAUGUCAAGGUGCUUCAGCAGAGGAUGGAGGUUAUCAAUCAUUCUGCUGAUGAAGCUGUGAGGGACAGUGAGAAGGUCUUCACUGAUUUGAUCGGUUUCAUUAAUAAAAGAAGCUCUGAAGUGAAGCAGCAGAUCAGAUCCCAGCAGACAACUGAGGUGAGUCGAGCUAAAGAGCUUGAGGAGAAGCUGCAGCAGGAGAUCACUGAGCUGCAGAGGAAAGACACUGAGCUGGAGAAACUCUCACACACAGAGGAUCACCUCCAUUUCCUGAACAGCUACCCCUCACUGUCCCGUCUGAGUGAGUCUGAGGACUUACCCAGCAUUGAUGUCUGUCCUCUGAGCUCUUUUGAGGAUGUGACAGCAGCGGUGUCAGAGGCCAGAGAUAAACUGAAGUCUGUUCUGAGUGACGAAUGGGCAAAGAUCUCACUGGCAGUGACUAAAAUUGGUUUUAAACUGCGUCAGGGAGAGCCCAGAACCAGAGCUGAAUAUAUGAAGUAUGCUUGUCAAAUCUCACUAGAUCCAGAUACAGCAAACACACAUUUGUCACUGAGUAAUAGGAACAGAAAGGCAACGUUAAUGGAAGAGGAACAGUUAUAUUUGCAUCACCCAGACAGAUUUAUUGAAAGGUGGCAGGUCAUGAGUAGAGAGGGUCUGACUGGACGUUGUUACUGGGAGGUGAAGUGGAGUGGGAAAGUAUCUAUAGCAGUUGCGUACAAGGAUAUUAGCAGAAAAGGGACCGUGUAUGGAUGUGGAUUUGGAAGUAAUGACAAAUCGUGGACAUUAGAAUGUGACGGUGUUAGUUAUAAAUUCAGACAUAAGAAUAUUUCUACUCCCAUCUCAGGCUGUCUGUCCUCCAGAAUAGGAGUUUACCUGGAUCACAGUGCAGGUACUCUGUCUUACUACAGCAUCUCUAAAACCAUGACUCUCCUCCACAGAGUCCAGACCAUAUUCACUCAGCCUCUCUAUGCUGGAUUUUGGCUUAGACAUACUGCUGGAGACACUGCUGAGUUGUGUGAGCUCAAGUACUGUAGAGAGAAGGUUAAAAAGUGAUUCAUCGCUGUACAGUAGAUGUUGAGAUGUGUCUGCAAAGCAGAGAUCAAACAUAGUGGAUGGGACUGUGAUGUUUUUUCUUGGUUUUUAUGUUUUUUUGUUUGUGUCAAUUCAA